AACCCCGUGUGUUAGCAAAAGUUUGCUGUGAGCGGGGAGGGCGACGGCGACGGCGACUUGGGGAUCGGCAUGUCCAUUUUCCACGAUGAAGUGGAGAUUGAGGACUUCGAGUACGAUGAGGAAACGGAGACCUACAGCUAUCCGUGCCCAUGUGGGGACCGCUUCCUUAUCAUGCGGAGGAUGAUAGGUUCUUGUCUGACAUUGCAGGAAGAUCUGGAGAAUGGUGAAGAUGUGGCCACUUGUCCAAGCUGUUCACUCAUAGUAAAAGUCAUCUAUGAUAAGGAACAGUUUAUGUGUGGCGAAGAAGUCUCGGCACCUACAACUAGCAAGGAACUGGUUAAAUGCUGACAGUUGUUUGAUAAACUUUGCUGAUCUUGAAAAAUGUUGUGGCGAUGUUUAGCAAGAGACACAAGGACUGCUUCAGUAAAGAGAAAACUGAUGUGUUUGUGUGCAUAAGAAGAUCUUAAUAUUUAAAUAUAAAGAAUAAUUUUUCAGGAGUGAGAUUGAAAAUAGUGACAGCCCACAACACAUGAAGAUGUGUGAGUGUUUAUUCCAAAUCUAGCAAAUACUUGCAAAUUAUCACUGGCUCUUGUACUCUUCGAUUCUUCAUGGCAGUGUGCAGAACGUGAACCACUGGGAUCUAUAUUACGAGCAAGAAGACUUUGUCUCAUGCUGCUUCCCGCUCCCCCACCUUAAAAUGUGGUCUGUCUCAUAGGCCAGAUUUGUUGAAAUCAACCUUGUUCCAAUUCUGUUGUUAAUCUUCUCUUUUGUUUAAAGUUGUAUCACACCAAGCUGUGUUAUCCAGGCAAAAACAUAUUUGACAGUUCCAUUUGCCUUAACUUUAAGCAGACGAAACUAUGUAUAAACUUGAAGUGUUAGUCUUUAUAUCUACAACAUCAGCUACUGCUCUUAGUGAUCCAGUUACUUCCACUUCACAGACAUAUAUCUGAUAAUCUCGUCACUGCCUUGCUUACUCAGUUUAGAAUUGAGCUUUUCAGGUGUCUAUUCUACCUUAAUGGUUUUUGUUUUAGAAAUAACUUGUACAGAAUUCACUCCAAUUUGUUUUUUCUGGACUCUCUACAUCCAAACAACAUGUUCUAAAAGGAUUAGUUAUGUCCAUACAACUACAAAACAUUUAGGCUAACAAUUUAAUGUUUAAUUUCUAAUCUUGGAGUUUGUGAACAAGCACAUUUCAUUUUGAUUGGCCUUCAAUGGUAACCCUCUACUGGAGUUUAGAGUAUUUAAAAUCAAGCAAUCUGUUUAACUUAUAAUUGAACACAAUGAGUUUAUGCAUUUCUAAGACUUUUGAGAUUUACUUUUGACCAACAAUUUAUCAUCAAUUAAUGCUUUUCUUUAUUGUUUAAAUACAUGGGUUUCAGCAGUUGCUUUUGGUGGCCAACAGGUGGCACUGAAAUAUUGUGUUCUUUUGUGGACGGGAAUAUUUAACAAAUAUUUAAUUUGCACUUUAAAUUAAGAUUAAGUUCUUAUUAUUCCAGUAGGCAGAAUAGCUAUUGCAUCAUCAGGUUCCUAGUAUACCUUUCCUUAAGAUGUCAUAGGAUCGGUUCAGACAACGCAUUAUUCAACAGUGGUUUUAGAACUCCACGGUGGAGUUUUUACCCCACCGUUGAGAAAUGUGUCGUCUGGUGGGGAAAAACCCCACGCAACAGUGGAGGGUUUUUUUGGAAAAUACUCCACACAGAAUAUUAACACUGUGUAGAGGAGAGUUCCUGCACAACUGUUGGGUUGUGGGCUCUAUAGAACUUUCCCCAUCCCUACAGAGUUGUCAGGCAAGAGCAGCUGAAACCCCAGGCACUCUUGCCCAGCUGGGCUCUAUAGGCAUGGGAAAGAAUUGAGGAGCCCCGAUUAUGACAUCCCUGGAUAGGGUGCCACGAUUGUGGCUCCCCAGGUGUGCCCAGGGACAUGCACAUCCCUUUGCCCAUCCCCUAACCCACAAUCAUAAAACGACGAGAGAUAUCUUUCCUUCUUUCAGCACUGUUACAGCACUCUGCAGCUGGGUGUCCUUACUGAGUCCAUCCCACUGCAGGUUGCUCUAGUCGUUCUGAAAAGAGGAAGUGGCUGAUAGAUUGCUUUUCCUCUGAGGACCGAUCCACUCUCCACUCCUAGCAACAAGCGGCGGCACCUCACUGCAAAAUGGAUCCAUCCACCAAGGCUGUCAUCUUCCUUCGGUGGAUGGAUCCAUUUUCCAUAGAGUCCAGAGCUUGUUGCUAGGGUGACAGGUGUGUUGUGUCUUUCGGCUCUCUCCCCCACUCCGCCCCUCCCCAUGGAAUGGCAACGCCCCGAUAUGGUAAGCGGGAACCAACGCCACCAUUCAUGGGGGAGGGCAGAGAGUGAAGGAGAGAAGACUACCCCACACACCAGGUGAAUGCCACCCCACAGACAACUUCUACCAUGUCACUUUAAAGUGACAUGCUAGAAGUCCACACCACUCAGUCUGUGGGGUAGAGUUCACACCAAAGUGUUGUCCGAAUGCGGCCAUAGUAUCAUUGACCUGUCAGAUUGGUUCAUGCGGAACGGUUGAGUAGCUGCAUUGAUAUUCUGCUUGCUGUUUUGGCAGUAAAGCUGAGGCAGGAUUGGGACAUUGUUUAUCUUCCUUCAUUUAACCUUUCACUACUAUAAUACAUGACAGUUAUUUUAAAAUUUGUUUUCAUUCUGAAAUAGUUUGACAUAAGGGAUAGCUCUGGUUUAUGAAACCUACAACUACCUACUGAAACAACUUAAUCUUAAAUGUGGAUUUCUUUGGCAAAUAUGAAAGUCCUGUAUAGGUAGCAGUGAUGUGAGCUUAUUGGAAAAUCUUGAAUCGGAAUUUUUUUAAUGCAAAUUAGACUAAUUUGCCUACAGCCUUUUUAUUGGAAUCUUUGCUGAUGCUGUAGAAAGUAAUCUAAUUUAGCAUGUUUAUUUUAUUUCUAUUUAGUAACCAACACCAUUUAAGAAGUACCCUAUGUUAUUUUUUGGUCACAGUACACCACAAGUAUUUGACCUGAGAUAUUUGAGGAGAAAAAACUAAAGAAUACUUGUGAUUUAAAUGUUAUAUUAUGUGGUGGUUUUGUUUUUUUAUUAGAAUAUAAUAAUAUAAAUGAGGAGAGUUGUUACUCCAGCUGGUAUAGAGCAAUAAAACUAUUAAUAUUCUGAAA